AUGAAAUUUUUUAAGCCUAAAAAGGAUCCAACAUUGGACGAAGCGUACGGAAACAUGGACAAAAGUGUAAAAAGUAUUGAUGAGAAUAUAGAAAAGUAUAAUAAAGAGCUAAAUAUAAUUAAGCAGAAGAUCGAGGAGGAAAAGAAAAAAAAGCCAAUGAAUCAGCAUGUAAUUAACAAUUUAAGAAAUAAAGCUGCCGUUAUAAUAAAGAGGAAAAAAACGUAUGAAAAUAAUAAGGAAAAUACACUUGGAAUUCAAUUCAACAUAGAUCAAAUAAAAUUUGCGAAUGAUAAUGUUCAAAUGUCAAUUGAUACAUGUAAAGCUUUAGAGAAUACAAGUAAAAUCUUGAAAAAAAAUAUAAAAAAAGUGAAUAUUAAUAAAAUAGAAAAAUUACAAGAUGACCUCUUUGAUUAUAUGGAAGAGGCAAAAGAAAUUGGAGAAAUUCUGUCUUCUUCAUAUGAUAUACCCUUAGAAUUAGAUGAAAAUGAAAUUGAUGCUGAAUUGUCUUUAAUAGAAGAUAGCAUACUAGACGAACAAGUAGAAGAUAAUAUAACAGAUUACCUAGAAAAUGAAAAGGAGGAAGAAAACGAAGAAAAAGUGACACCAAAGCAGGAAGCAUCUGCUGCAGAAAAGAAUACAGAAUGUAUUAAAAAUAAAGAAAAGCACACUGAAAAUUAUUACACGCAGAAGGAAAGUUAA